AUGCUGCGUUUGGUGCUUAUAUGCUGUGUGGUGUCAGGAGGAAUACUCAUUUAUCGCAGUGCUCAACAGGAGAAUGAAUGUCUGAUGACUUACACAUACGAGCACACUUAUGUGGAGGGCAAAGCUGUGGACUCUUGUCAAAGGUACAGGCUCGGUGUCUAUAGAGAGAGAGUUCCAUUUCGCAGGACAAUUCCCGUCCUUUUUAUUCCUGGUAGUCAAGGCCAUCCCAAGCAAGUGCGAUCUCUAGCCACAACUGCUUUUGAAAUACCCCUUAUUAACUCUUUAAACUACACGUUUGAGUUCUUCUCACUUGAUUUCUCUCAGGAUACCUCGGCAUUGUCCUCUGAAGUAGUUGAACGUCAGGCAGAAUGCGUCGUCGAUGUCGUUCCUUUUAUAUACCACCUCUUCGUCACAACGCCUGUUCCCAUUACCAUAGUUGGUCAUUCCAUGGGUGGUGUUGUUGCCCACUACGCCUUAGCCAAGGCAAAAUUCGAUCCGUCGAUGGUGAAUUGGGUGAUAACGUUGGCGUCUCCACUCAGAUCUCCAGUUGUUGCACUGGGUGUUCAUUUGUUGCGAAUAUAUGAGCGUAUUUACAAGUUCUGGCGUAGUGUACCCCUGGACAACAGCUAUGAGCAUGUUACAUUUCUUUCCAUCACUGGAGGUAUUUCGGAUCAUCAAGUCUGGGAUGGGCUGGGGAAGACCACUCUACCAGUGGAUCGUGCACUUCAUCUGUCUACUCCAUCAAUCAAUGAAGUUUGGCUCUCCUGUGAUCACCUCUGCAUCCUGUGGUGCAGACAGCUCGUCUUUCGUAUCAACCAAGCCUUAUUCGCCAAUGUGAACGCCACGACACGAAUGCCACUGGCAAGUCGAGCAGAACGGAUGGAUGUGCUGAAGUCGACCUUCCUCUCUCAUUCAGUCCCUUUGAGUCCACCUCUCACGAGCACAUUCGAUCAGUCACCAGGUGUGGUCGAUCCAAGCUGUGUGUGGUUCAAUCGAGCUGGCGAUUUGAAUGGAGUCUACACAACCUCAAAGAUUCUAACUGUCUCAGUUGGUGAAGUCGUCAAGUCGUCUUGUCCAUUCAAACUCUUGACCUGCCGACAAUAG